UUAGUUUUCAAACAAAGUGUUUUGACAGCAGGAUAGAGGUUUUCAUUCAUCUUCAAAGUUUCAUGGCAACGAGACGGAAAAGGAAUUUUCAAGUUCAUAGUUCAUCUCGUUGGAGUAUCAUCGAUAGAUUAAGGGAUUUGAAAUCUUCUAGAUUUGCACUCGUUAUCCCGAUAUGAAGCCUUCAAUAUUCAUCAAGCUGGUGCAUCCCUGAUGUAAUCAACAACAACUCCCAUAACGCUUCGCGCUAGUACGAUUACAACAAGCCGAGACUCCAACCGUGCUUCAUCAAAUGUUGCGCGACACAAUCGAGAUCGUCUGCAGCGCAACGGCGUUUAUAGCAUUUUAUUUUAUGCUACAUGCUCCAACCCAAUAUGUCUCAGGAAUUCAACAGCAUCCGAAACGCAGCGUUUUUUACAUCAAGCUCAAUUCCAGCGAAAAACAGCUCAAGGCUGGCACCGAGAAACCAUCCAUAACGGUACCGGAGCAGGAUGCCCCUCGUACCAGGCCUCAUUUUAGUACGUCGAAAAAAUCUUCGGUCACUUUUGAUCCCACCAAAUUCAUUUGCGAUAAUGAUGAAUCGCUGGAUUGCGUUAAUAAAACACGGGUAUAUCGAAUGAAAGUGCUUGGAGAAUUUCGAAGGAUCUUGAAGCAGUCUUAUCACAAGAAUGACUAUUAUCAGGUUCAGUACGAUUCUGAUGCGGUUGAUGCAAACGAAACCGAGCUGUGCCGACUGUUGCGGGCUGAUGUGAGGACUCUAUCCUGGCGAGAUCCUCCGUUCAACUGGAACGAACUGGGGAAUUAUCUUCCCAUGGGUCCACUGUUCAAUGAACGUAAUGCCACCUGUGCCAUAGUCUCUAGUGCUGGUUCACUUAAAAACUCCAAGCUGGGGUCCUUCGUUGAUAUGCACGAUGUGGUGAUGAGGUUCAAUCAUGCCCCGACGACAGGAUUCAGCGAAGAUGUUGGAUCGAAAACGACAAUACGUGUGGUCAACUCCCAGGUGGUAUCGAAACCGGAAUUCAAGCUACUUACUGCCAAAAUAUUUCAUAACAUAUCUAUAGCAGCGUGGGACCCCGGAAAGUUUGGCCAAAGUUUAGAUGAAUGGAUUGCAUCACCAGAUUUCAAUUUGUUUGAAAAUUUUAAAAAGUUUCACGAAAAAUAUCCAGGUUCUAACUUCCACCUAGUGGAUCCUCGAAGCAUCUGGCGGGCAUGGACAGCCCUCCAGGAUAAAACUGCCACCAAAAUUGUAGCCAACCCACCGACAUCUGGUUUCAUCGGGUUAGGUUUGCUUUUGCCCAUCUGUCGUUACGUCGACAUUCUGGAAUAUAUUCCUAGCAGCCGAAUGAACGGCCUGUGUCAUUAUUAUGACUCAGAGAUAAAUUCGGCGUGUACGUUUGGAUCGUGGCAUCCGCUAGCAGCAGAGAAGUUAUUCGUUCUGCGAAUGAAUUCGGCCAGCGAGUUCACGACUUUUCAGCGGGGGAUCGUUCGAAUCCGGCUCGAUAACGGUGAAGCUGAACGUGGGUGUUGAGCGACUUGUCAGAGCUUUCUUCAAUACCGAUACUUGAGUGGCUCAUCUUGUUCGCCCGGGAUGGUUAUUGUUGAGUUGUUUGCUCGUAUUUUUGCCAGAGUGACAAGGACAUCCGGAACACUUGAAAUCCGGUUCAUACAUAAUCGGGAAUUUCUUCAAAGUGAUCGAUUCAGAGUGGUUUUAAUGGAUGAUCUCUAGCCAAAGUUAUAAUCACUCAAAAAAUAAAAUGAAACGAAAUUUCAG